AUGUCUUCUUUGUUGGUUCCAAACUUGCUUCCAGAGCUACAAAUCGCUAAGUAUGUUAACAUCGUUGAAGAAGAUGACGAAAUAUUUUUCCGAAGCAGUAUCCAAAAUAUCUCAAAUUUAAAGCAUAUCCAAAUGGAUGCAGAAUUUGUUGAGAGUGACAGUGCUGAGUCUGUUUCUGAUGUCACUUUAUGGCCAAAGGAUUCGUGUCUUUCUGAACAACCUAUGAAAGAUUCACUUAAAGAUAUCCCUAGUGCUCAGCGGUCUCCUGUUUGUCCUGAUUUUUAUCCACUUGAGCAUGAUGAUUGGGAAAAUUAUAUCAUUUGGGAUAAUUCACCAGCAACUGAAAGUCAGCCUUGCUUAAAAGGUUGUGCAAUAUAUGAAGAGAGCAUGGACACUCACAAUUUAGAUCAUGCUAAGGAUUAUGGUCAUGUCUCUCAGUACUGUGCUGUGAAGGGUAAAAUUAAUGGGCAUGGUUCUCCGGUAAUAAUAGAUCCGUUUGGUUUUACUGAAAUGCCUGCAGCUAAUCACCAUGCCCCUGAGAAAAGUUACUAUCCAUUGACAAAGGAGACACCUCAGGACAAUAAUGCCUUAUACCACACACAACCUGUGACCAUGCAGUGGUUAAACAACCUUUGCUUACUGAACAGGGAAUUAUUAGAAGGAUCAUGGUGGGACUACAUUAUCUGGGAUCCUAGUGUGGAUACCCCGAAGCCUAAACUUAUAUUUGAUCUUAAAGAUGAUCAGAUGCUAUUUGAGACUGUGGAUGGAAAGAAAGUGGACCGUAUCCACUCUCAUGCUCCUACUAUGAUUGCUGUUAGUUCAUCAAUGAAGAGUUCAGCAUCAUCAGCAGAUAAUUUUAGUAAUCAAUCGAUUUCACUGAGUGAUCAAUUCAACAUCUCAAAUGACAAGUUUUAUUGUAUGGGGAAAUUAUCGCAGCAAGUUAACUUUCUUGCUAAAAAAGGUGCUUCAAUGUGCAUAAAGGUGGUGCAUUCUGCUCCAGCUCAGAAGCUGCAAACCAUGAAACCAAAACUGAGCAAGUAUGAGCCAACCCUGCCCUUCCCUCUCAGAAUCUUCUACUGUAUUCACAAGUCUCAGUGA